UUUUACACAAUGACACUUCUUUUCUGAACUUACCACUUCUUCUCUGCAUAUGUUGCCUGAAACUUUCUCUUCACAACUAAAUUUUAAAAUCUUUUUCUGCAAUAUUUUACACCUGUAGCUAGCUAGCUAUAUAGCUAUAUCUUUUCAGUGUUCACAAAAAGUAUAGCUAGCUUCUUGGCUAUAGCAUGUGCUGAAUUUACUAACAGCUUUAUGUUGUGGCAGGUUGUGGAUGUUCAUGAAUAAAAUAAUAUCCAAAAUCAAUUCAGCUCAAUAUAGAAGAAUAGUUAAUUUUACUUAUCAAUAGAUACAAUUUAAAUGGCAAAAUGGGUGUCCAAAUUCCUCAAAAUUAUGGUAGAGUCCACCAACAGUACGGGAUCUUUCCCUGAUUGGGUAAAUGUCCCUGAUUGAGUUAACCACCCGAUCGUGUGAGUAGGCACUGGUGACAAUUUUUGAUGACCACCUGAUCGAGUGAGUCAUAACUCGUCCUAAAUUUUUAGCUAGAGCGGGUUAGCCCAUAUACAGCCAUCGCCCUAAGAUGGCGAUUUGAAAGGCUAAAUUAUUUUCUUCCAUAAAUUGUUGAAAACCCUAAAAAUGGUGCUAAAAAGCAGUGAUUCAAUAAACUUAGUACAGAUGUCGUACUUGAUACUUUUUUUCAACCACCUUGUACCCAGUUAUAUUAUAACUUUAUCAGAAUAAGUCACAAUUGCAAUAAAAGUAAAAGAUCAUGAAAAAAUCUUUUGCGCCUUAAUACGACACCAUCCCAAAUUUCUAUUUUAAAACUGAACUGUAAUUAUAUUUUUAGACCAUUGAAAAUCGAUACAGUGAUAAUUAUUUAUGGCACAAAGGUGCCGUAUAAAGUAUUAUAUUUAGUAACAAUAGUUAUAAUUAACUAAACUUGUAUAAUUAGAAGAAUUUUUUGAGUAAUUUGAUACCUGUUGUGCUAUAUUUGCGUAAGCAUGACCACUCUAACCCAAACUCCUUCUUUGAGAAACAACUUUCUUUGCGUGUAAGACCAGUUAACAAGUUGCUUUAAUUCUUUUCAAACUGUUAGGCUCUUAAUCAAGUAGUUGAAAGUUGUUUUCGAGAAGUAUGAAACAUUUAUUGUUUACAAUGAAGAAGUGCUGUUAUUUAAAAUAUUAUACUUAAUAUACGUUAUAUUGCCGUUUGUUUCUCUUUGUCAUUUAAAAUGCCUGGUACACACCCAAAAAUUAGGAAAACUGCUGUUUACGCAAAAGAACAAUUACAAUCUGCUUUAGAAGCUGUACGAGGUAAACAUUUUUUCUUCGAUUGUCCUUGGUUCCUGAAAGAAGUCCUUUUAAAGGUUUUCUAUUAAGAUUUAAAUUUUUUUUCAGGUAGAGUGAGUGCACGUAAAAUUGCGGAGGUUUACUCUGUAUUGCGAACGAAAAUCAGGGACAAACUUGGGGUAAUAGCGAGGCAGUAGUUACUUUAAGAAGAAAUGCACCAGUUAUUUUCAAAGCUGUGGAAGAUUGAUUUGCAGAAUGGGUAUAAAAAAUGGCUCGAUAUGAUUUUUCCCGCACACCUUCACAAAUUAAAGAGGCGGUGAAAAUGUAUCUUGAUAAAUCGAUAAUUAAAAUUCCCCAGUUUGUUAAAAAUCGUCCUGGAAAAACGUGUUUUUUUGGUUUCCUUAAACGCCACCCUGACAUCAAACUUGGAAGAGCCGAAAAACUGGAACAGGCACGGCCAAUGAUGCUUGGUUUAAUACCUUUGAAAAAUUCUUGAAAGAAAACAAAAUAUCCUCCGAAAGCCAAAUCUUUAACUGUGAUGAGUCUCGCUUCCCGUUGCAGCUGGGUACUUCAAUGAAAGUUUGUUUUGACAAACAAUUUCGGCGGAAUUUACAAGUUACAAGCAGUAGCAAAACAUCUAUUAUGAGUUUGCAAUGCAUCUGCGCAAAUGGUGCUGUAGUUGGAGUCAUCUUUCCAGGUGUGAAUUUUAUUCCUGAAUCCAAGAUUGGGUUUUCAAAAAAAUUUUAUCUUGGAUUUACAAAAAAACGGAUGGAUGGAAACCGCACAGUUAUUAGGGUGGCUCAAUAAUCACUUUGUGAAAAGCAUUCUGCCAUUAAGACCAGUAGUGUUCCUUGUUGAUGCCCACACUUCGCAUAUUGACUACCAUACAAGUCUAUUUUUUUAGCACAAUCAAAUCUUGUUGUUUCGCCUACCUCCACAUACCUCUCAUGCAUUUCAGCCAACUGAUCAAGCACAAUUUCUCCAAGCAAGUUGCUCAAUUUACGGUUGAGCAUCCAGCAGUUGCGAUCACAAAGACGUUUUUUCUACCAUUUUUACAAAGGCCUUGGACCAGUCAUGUCGCAACGAUAUAGUGAAAUCUUCUUUCUGUGCAACUGGAAUAUGGCCUGUAAACAGGUUAAAUGUAGAUCACGACCUUUUUAGACCUGUAAACGUCUAUUUGGAUGGAGAACCCGAUUUUGAAAUCACCUGGGGGGGGGGAUUCAUGCAACUUUGCCGCCUGAGCCAAAUUUUAGUUUUGCACGCGGGCUAGAUAAUCCAUCGAGGGUGACAAAUAUGGUUCAGGCUAGUACAGAAUUUAGUGGAGUCAAGACGAACCAGCUACCCCAAAGUAGUACAUCUUAUCCUGGUGGAUCUAGUGCUACUUUACUACCAGCACAGGCUAGUACCCCUAAAGGCAUCCUGUUCAGCAAGCGUUAAGUAAUUUAGAAUAAAGCAUUGAAAAUAAAGAACAUCUUUUUCUUAAACUUUCAUGUUAGACUUUGACAUCCCUGACGAUAGCCUUUACCAAACUUGGAAAGUACUUCACCAAGGUUGGUUAGAAGUAAAAAAAACUGUGUAUGGACAGUUUUCCUUCCUCUACCCAAGAUGUUAAUCCGAUUAUCAACUCAAUAUUACGUUACCCAGAGAUUGAAAGAAGACAAAAAACAUUAAAAAAAAGAAGACCUUUCCAAAACAUAUGACCAGUGAUGAAGCCAUUAAAAUCCUUAAAAUACAACAUGGUGAAAAAAAUCAACUAGAGUUAAUUAAGGAGGCUAACUAACAAAAGAGCAAAAAACAAAGCUGCUACUAAAGCUACCCAAUCUAAAUUAGUGGCGACACGAAAAUCAAGUCGCCUGCCUAAAAAGAAAAGGUUUUUAAUGGAGUCGGAAGAAGAGCCGGAGGAAAAAGAGAAGAGCUCCUUAGACUCAGAGUUUGAGGAUGUUGAUUAUAAUUGUGGGGAGUGCGAGAAAUUAUUUGUGGAAGGGAAGGUUUGGAUUCAAUCAAUACGACAAAUUUUGGGCUGGUUUAAGCGGCAUGUACUACUGACCAGGGAAAAAAAAAAUUGAUGCACUUUCACAAUGGAAGUGCAAAAAUUGUUUAAAAUUUCUAGUUUCUUUUUAUUUCACGAUGAAAAAUAAAAAUUGUAAUGACACAGAUACUUUAUCUUUGUCUUAGUUUGCCCAAAGUCCAAUUUAAAACGUGACAUCAUAAGCGCGUAAUUGGUUGAGUAACAAAACUCAGGAGCAUUAUUAACAGCAAUUAUUCUUAAAAAACCAUAAAAAUUAAUGCUAUUGAUGUAAGAUGCAUAUUAAGCAUAAUAUUGGCUGGCCGAAUUAGGGCGAAGGGGUAGGGAAUGAGCGAUUUUGACGAUAUUAUUAUUUUUGUUGUAUACACAGGGUCUAUUUAUGCCUCACUUAUGAUAAAGGGCUGCAAUGCAGCACAAAUAUACGUGUACUUAACAGCAUCGGUAGUUAGUGGUUUAUAAAACCUGUUAGUGAGUUUCGGUAAUAAAAGUAAACACUGGCUUAUAUGGGCGAACCCACUCUAGUUAAAUACAUAAACAAACCAAAGGGGCUUGAGAGAGACUUAAUCCUCACCUGGCACCUAUAGCCAGCUUAAGGUUUCAAGAUAGCUAGCAAGCUAUGCUAAGGUUAUCAAUAUUUUUCUACUAUACUUUGUGUCACAUAUAAUAAAAAAAUAUGCACAUUUUUCUCUAUAUAGCUUGCUAUACUGGCUUGUUACUAACUCCAACCACAUGUCUAUAAGACAACUAAAACGAACUUCAGAGCCUCAACAUGUGCAACAUGGACUGAAAAUAUGCACCAUGUAGUCAAUCCAACUUAAAAAGUUAUCACUAGCAUCGGAACAUCAUGGUGAUUUUUUUUUAAUUGGUGCAAAAUAAGUUUAUGAUUUAAUGUAAACAAGAAUUAUAUUGGCUUGCCCUUUUUAAAACAAUUUUAAAGCAAGAAAAAUACUCCCCUGAUUCAGGUAAGUCUCUCCCGAUCGAGUGGUUACGUAUUCACUCAAUCGGGUGAUUUACCCCAAUCGUGGUAGAGUAAUCCAAUUGGGGAAAGAUCCCAUACUGACCAAGCAGACUACAUGAUUUUUCAUAAGAAUUUGCUUACUAAGAAUAUCAGACUGAGAUUCAGACAGGUUUUGUGUUUGGAAAAUUCGAAAAAUAAAAAUAAUAAGUAUAACAUAAAAUUAACAUUAAAUUUUGGGAGAGCACUUGAUAUUUUUUAGUGGCCAGACUGGUAUAUAUGUCAUUUAUUUAAAAACGUGAGUCUGCCAAAAGUUAUAAAUAUCUGGUGUUAGAGUCGUUUGAGCACCAAAAAUAGAGUCAGCCAGCCGGUCAGCAAGUGAUAACUCAAAAAUUCAAAAAAUUGUAUCCAACCAUCCUGGCAUCAACUCACUCCAUUGAACCGUUGAUAUUUAAUGAUAACUUGGGCACCUUGUUUAAAUGAAUUUGCUGCGCAUCGUUUUCAGCUAGUUCUCAGGAACCUUUUCGCAUUUUAAAGCAAGCACAAUAAUAAUGGUGUGGGCAAUGGCUGUGGGGAGAUAACAAGCGUAUAAUGUUUUUUUGUCAUUCUAGCCUUUCCGACUCAGUAUAUCAAAAAUUUCUAUCAAAAAAUGGAGUCCAUCGGGUGACCCUAACACCAAAUAUUUGUGACGUUCGCCUUAUCAAAUCUAGCUCUGACCAGAAUUGGGUCUGGGAAUUUCUUGAGUUCAUAAAAGAGAAGUGUUUACACUUUGAAAAAUCGAUUGAAAAAGUACAUUUGUAAAAAUGUCUGGAGACAACGACACUGAUUACAGUAUAUUUCGUGACGAUGUGUACAAAAGAAGACGCAGAUCCAAUCAAAAUAUAGUCAAAAAAUUAAUUCACCGAGAAACUUUCCAAAUAAGACCAAAUACAAAUUUUCACGUUGCAAGAUCAUUCACGUUAAAUGUAUUUCCUAAUUUUACUGUAACUAAUGUGGAGAAACCGCCAUGCUUUUUGAGAAAAUUUUCUCCAGACGGACAUCACUUUGUGGCGUUCUCUAGAGAUCAAAGUUCGAUUGAAAUAUAUGAGUUUCAAGGUCCCUGUGCAGUGGAAAAAUUACUGCAUAAAGCUUGUACUGGUGUUCCUGAAGAUAUAGAUGAAUUGAAGGCGAAUAUGUUUGAUCAUUUUUUUAAACAAAAAGCUGUUGUAACUGUCGCUAGUUAUGGUGAACACUUGAACAGAGAAUGCAGUUUGUUUACUGAUGACGGAAAGUUUGUUAUUAUUGGUUCAGCUUCAGCUAUACCCGAAGAUUUCCAUCCACUUUUUUAUGACAUUUAUCGCAAUAACGAAUCGGUUGCACCAAAUGCCCGGUCACCACUGGAAGACUAUUCUAUCCAUGUUGUCGAUUUGUGUCAUGGUAAACUGCACGAUUCCAGAGCUUUUAAAUGUGAUAAAAUAUUUUUGUCCCACAAUCAAGGUAUUUAUUUGUAUAAAGAUCUUCUGGCAGUCUUAUCUGUACAACAUCAAACGAUUCAUAUAUUUCAAGUAACACCUGAAGGAUAUUUUGUUGACGUUCGAGUAAUAGGAAGAUUUUGCCACGAAGACGAUCAUUACCUCGUGAAUCGAUUAACAGAUACUUCUAAUACGCGCCCGUUCCGCGAUAAAUGCUUCAACAGUUUAAAGCAUCGUUUACUAACGUAUUUAUAUCGUUAUUCUUCCCAAGAUGGAUCGAAAGAAUCUAUACGAAGGUUUUAUCAGUAUUUCGAUCAGUUUAAGAACUUGCGUAUGUGGAAGAUGCAGUUACUAGAUGAAAGUCAUUUGUUGAUCAAGUAUGCUGCGGAAGAUGUUGUCACGUUGAAAGCUGCCGAUCCAAACUCACAAGCAUCAUUCUUCGCAGUGUACAACAUGUCGACGACAGAGAUUGUCGCGAUUUAUCGAAACACGUCCGAAGAGCUUUUAGAUAUAUUCGAGCAGUUUAAUGAUCAUUUUAGGAAUGCUUUACCUCAUCAAGUUGCGCAGUUUUCUUGCUCGACUUCGAGUAAUAUUUAUGCUCGCUACAAUCAACGUAGAUUUAAAAGUACAAUCAUCAAUGCAAAAUAUGGUGGACAUAAAGAAGCAGUAAAGCGUCUUCUCGCGCAGUUACCUAUCAGUUCGCAGUCUUACAGUAGCAGUCCAUUCCUUGAUCUGUCUUUGUUUAGUUAUGAUGAUAAAUGGGUGUCAGUGAUGGAAAGACCAAAAGGAUGUGGUGAUCAUCCCAUUAGGUUCUAUUGUCGUGACACUGGCUUGCUCAAAUAUAAAAUCUAUGCUGGUGUUCAUGGUCGGGCGUUACCGCCCACUGGAAGACGAUUAGUGGCUUUUACCUUUCAUCCGUUUUAUCCGUUUGCAAUCUCAGUUCAAAGAAACAAUACCGAAUACAUUGUAAAUUUUCAUCUUCGACAUUUCACCGGAACGUCAUUAGAUCAUCUAUAAUUUGAUAGCAAAAAGUUAUGAUAAUAUAACAUAACGGUUUGAAUUAUUUGCACGAAAUAUCUUCACCGCCCUUCUCCAGUUGCAUACAGCUUUUUCUGCAUACAUUUUUACGUAAACAAAAACGCAUUUUUCAUGCCCAGUUUUAUUUUUAUUUUUAUAAAGUAAAACUUAUAGUAAGAAUCGUUUUUAUUAUUAUUCGUAAGAAUUGUUCAUCCAAAAAAAUUUCUGUUCGGAAAUUGUUUUAAUGCAACUUUAAAUGUUUUAAGGAAUUUAUAAGGCUCUGUUUCCUUUAAGUGCCCUCCUUCAUUAAACGCUCCUGUAAAGUUCUAAAAGUUUUUUAAAGACUUACGUCAAAAGCAACAAGUAUAAUACACCGUCUGUUGUUUUCACGUUUUUGCAGACAGCAUUUUUUUUAAGUUUUCCAUCAAAUUUAUCCCAUCGUUAUUAAACAAUAAAUUUAAUUUUUUUUAUAAUUUUAGCAAACUUAAAACAGCUCGGCGACAGAUGAGGAAAGUUUAUUACAUAAAUAGAUUAUUUAUUUUAUUUUUUCAAUUAAUGUUGAAUAGUAAUUUGUUUAUUUUUCUUUUUAAAUUGAAUAUAUAAUUGAACUGUUA